AUGAUAGCACUCUAUUCUCAUCGUCCUGUCUAUUUAUUGCUCGGACGAAGUUUGAACACGGCAUCUACUUUGAUUCAACCUCAUAUAACAGCUAAGUAUCGUGGAAUAAUUGAGUCAUGCUGCACCAUCGAAGUUACGACCGAUCGACUAAGCUAUGCGUCUUUGUGCUUGGAUCCUGAAAAUAAAAAUUCAGUUAUUCUUUCCAGCUGGAACAGCCUUUCGCUCAAUUUGCCUUCUGGAAAGGAAUUCAGACCGUACAUGUGUUCCUCCAUGUUCAAAGCUACCACUCAACGUUUGGUACAUGAUAUUUGCUCAUCUGGAAAAUUGACCAGUAGUCAAUUCGCCUUAGUGUAUGUGUCUUCUAAAUUAUCUUCAGCCUCAUUGGUACGUGCGGGUUUUAUGGGCUACCUCAUCGGAUAUUUGUGUACAGAGUCCAUUAAACAAGAAUUUUUACCCCCAUCCUACCUUCCCGUUUUCACCAUGAAUCAUUCUUAUCGAAAACAUAUUCUCUCAUCAUGGAGAUCUAAGUUUGUGAGCCGUAAUCCAGAAUGUAUAAUUCGUGGUAUUGAAGAUCUGUUUACCACACUACCUAAGCUCUCGUUUACUGACAGCAAUUGUAUAUCCACUUAUACGAAUAUUUUUCUCAAUACAGAUGGCAAUCUAUCAAAUUCCAGUGUACGUAUUCCUAAUGAGAAUCAAAAUAUUAGCUACAAUCAACUUAGUCUUGCUAAUGUUCUUGUAGACGGAUAUGGUUUCCUUGUCCAUGGAAUAAUGGUGAUAAAUGAAAAGGCAUAUAAUUGUUCUAAUAUAAUUAAAGACAACAUUCUAUGUAGUAACUAUCUUGGAGCAAGUACUGAUGUUAUUCUCCGGCCUAUCGCACCAUUAUCAACUUCUUCAUUUACUACAAUCCAUAGCUUAGAUAUUCGUAAUGUUCAUCAAGCUGUAAUAAUGGGUUAUCUUCUAGCAUUUUUAUCAUCCAAUAUUAACAAUACAUCAACAAGUCAAUUAUCCAUAUCAACUAAUUGUCCAUCAAUAGAAACUUUAGUAAAAUGGACUAAUCAACCAACUAAUCGUUGGACAACUUAUUUAAGUCAUCAAAUGUUUAAAAGUCAAUCCAAUAUUACGUUCUCUUUUCUUCCUGUGAAAUCUAAUCAUUUAACAAAUAUAUCAGCCCCAAUAGAAACUAUACAUAGUAAUAAUAAUAAUAAUGAUUCGUCAGAUAUUAUUCAAAUACGUGUAGAAUCUUCACAAUUGUUUUCAAUUUAUAAAUGUUUCAAUUCUAAAAAUCACGAACAUAUUAGUACUGUACAGUUUUUACUGGCUCGAUGUUUGUUUACAUGCAUGUAUCAUCUGUUAAAGGACAGAACUGAAAAUUCAUAUCGAUUAAAGUCCGUUACCCUAAAAGGGAAAAAAAGUUUUUCAUUUACAUCCUUGGAAUUAACAACCAGAAAACGAUAUUUAAAGAAAAUGCUAAUCAAAUUUCUACUUUACUGUUUGUUGUUGUCUGUCAAACUACAGUUACAUAUUGUAAACUUACAUCCAACAAUUCUUGCAGAUGGGAGCAUAAUUCGUCAUAGAACUAAACGAUGGGCCUUUUAUGAAAUACAUAAAUGUGGUCGUAUUAAAGGAUAUAGUUGUUUAGAACAUCGUCAUUGUUAUGAACGUUACCUGCGUCGUGAUAUGGUUUGUUUUGAAGUUUAUCCAUGCUUAAGUUCAUGUAUAUUUAUUGCUCAGCUUCACGAUGCUGAAAAAUUAAAUGAACAAAUUAAAAAAUUAUUAUUAGACGGUAUACCAGUCAAUAAUCAUAACGAUCCGAUUAAUUAUGUACGAGAACAAACGGCAAAAUUAUUGAAAGAAUUAAAUUUAACUCUACCAUUGCAUAAUCAACCAAAAGUCUCAGUGCUAUCAUCACCAUCACCACCAUCAUCAUCAUCAGCAGCAGUAGCAUGAUCAUUUUCGGAAUCGUCUAAUAUGAAUUAACCCAGGAGUUUCACUACAUUACAGGUCAAAAAAUUCUAAUGAUAAUUUAGAGAAGAAAACAGGAUCAAAUUAUUAUAUCUUUUCUGUUUUGUACAUGUUUUGUAUUUCUUUUCAGAAAUUCUAUUUGUAUUUAAGUUUUCCUGUUUAUUUGUAUAUUUUCAUGCCUUGAAUGAAAACUUUCCUUUUUCUAAAUUCAUUGAAUGAAAUAAGUGCAUUUGAGAAAUGGUCAUUCUCAUCCAUGGUACAAAUAAUAAUAUACCUCCAUAAAUAAUUCCAAUACUACUACUACUACUACUACCACUACUACUACUACCUAAACUCAUGUUACUAUCAAUACUACUGACAUUACAUAUAAAAUAACAAAUAUUACAGGGAAAUCAAACAACCAGGAAAGAUUAAGAUAUAAGAAAAAAGUAGAGACAAGACAAUCUGUGAUAUGCAUUAUACAUAUGUACAUACUUAUUUGUUUGUUUAUUUUGAAGAUAUAAAUGUAAUUUUUUUAUUAUUAUUUCUCAUGAAUAUACUACUUAUUUGUAAAAACUAAAUUCAGAAAAUAAAAUUUGUACACUAG